CAUACACUAAGUAACACUUACAUUAAUACAAUUACAGCUUUUAAUAGCGGUUUCGCCCAAGUUAGCGACUAGCGUAAAUGACAAGUUAGUUGUUUAAGUGACAUUGUGUUUAGAUGAGGUGCUGCCCGAUGAGUCAACGAAGUUAUAUAUCGAUUUAUUCUAAAAUGUAUAGUUCGGCGUCUCACCCAGGCAACUAAAUCUCGUUCUAACACUGACUUUCUGCUGCGAUUUGUAAGGCAGCGUUAAACUAACAGAAAUUUGAUUGGAGAUUUGUAUUAACUUAUUUUACAAGUUACGGUAACGUCACACAAAAGUGAACCGAACGUAAGGGUCUCUCUCCCUCAGUGACCGCAGAGAGGUCUGAGCCUCCGCCACCAUGACAGACAACAAGCGCCUCGCCUUCUCCAUCAUCCAGUUCCUCCAUGAUCAGCUCCACUCAGGGAAUCUGACCUCAGGCGCCCAGGAGAGUCUGGAAGUCGCUGUUCAGUGUUUGGAGACGGCGUUUGAAGUUUCGACCGACGACCAGAGCCUCGCCGUCCCCAUGACAUUACCGGAGAUCUUCGCCUCCGCCACAGCCAAGCAUCCAGUUGAGUCGCAGGUCAACAACAACUCCACCCAAAACUCCCUCACUGAGGACCAGAGAGCCGAGGCCGAGACGCUCAAAACCGACGGAAACGACCAAAUGAAAGUGGAGAACUUCUCUGCCGCAGUGGAGUUUUACUCGAAGGCCAUCGCCAUCAACCCUCAGAACGCCGUCUAUUACUGCAACAGGGCUGCAGCGUACAGUAAACUGGGGAACUACGCUGGAGCGGUGCAGGACUGUGAGCAGGCCAUCAGCAUCGACCCAAACUACAGCAAAGCCUACGGGCGGAUGGGUUUGGCUCUGGCCAGCCUCAACAAACACACAGAAGCAGCCAGUUACUACAAGAAAGCUCUGGAGCUCGACCCCGACAACGACACCUACAAAACCAACCUGAAGAUCGCCGAGGAGAAGAUGGAAACGUCCAGUCCGACAGCAGGGAUGGGCGGAGUAGAUCUGGCCGGUCUGCUCAGUAACCCCGGCUUCAUGAACAUGGCGUCGUCUCUGAUGAACAAUCCUCAGGUUCAGCAGCUGAUGUCGGGGAUGAUGUCAGGAGCGUACGGUGGGAUGGGAGGAGGAGGAGGAGGCGUAGGAGGAGCAGGACUAGGAGGAGGACUAGGUGCAGGAGGAGGACUAGGAGCAGGACUAGGAGGAGGAGGACUAGGAGCAGGACUAGGAGGAAGUGCGGCGGCCCCCGGAGCUGCUGGACCUGCCGGACCUGCUGGAGCCGGAGAUUUAUCAGGACUGAUCCAGGCAGGUCAGCAGUUCGCUCAGCAGAUGCAGCAGCAGAACCCCGAACUCAUCGAACAGCUGAGGAGUCAAAUCCGCAACCGGACGCCCAGCGCUGGAAACGAGGAGCAGCCAUGACACUCAGAUACGGUUGGACGGGUUUGUGUGUGGAGGAGAAGAGCUGGUUUGGAUCAUUUAUAACUCGAAGGACUAAAAGGAAGUUGUUGUUUUUGUUUUGUUCCAUCACUGAAUAAUUCCUGCACGAGAGAACGAGAGGCCUCCCGCUUCAUUCAGGAGCCACGUCACCAAAAAACACCACCCACUUCCUGCGGCUCUGUGUGGUUUUUUUUUUUUUUGUUUUGUUUUUUUUAGGAAGAACAUUUUGACGUAACACUUGAAACACAGAUUAAUUCUAAUAAAUCAUUCUCUAAUAGGACCGUGGAUCCUAGAUGUUAAACAGCCGAGUUUAAACCGGGAGCUUGAAAUUUCUUCUUAAAACUACACAGUGUAACUUUAAAUGCAAUGUUUUGUCCAGUUCCUUGUUUAUGGUGUGUGUGUGUGUGUGUGUGUGUGUGUGUGUGUGUGUGUGUGUGAACGAGUAUCGGGGUUAAUUUAGUGUGUGUGUGGCAGGUUGAAGUCGCUGUGAGGAGGCGGCAGGGAGGCGGAGCGCUGUUCAAACACAGUCUGGGAAUUAAAAAAAAAAGAGCAUCUCAACAUUUUA